UAUCAGAUUGACAUAUUGUAGUGCUGUGCAUUGGCACUUUGAUACUGCUUUUAAAAUGAUAAUAAAAACAUAGUAAGAAGACAGUAAAUUCUGAUUGAAUGAUGACUCCAAUUUGUGUAAACAGGACGUUUCUGCUUCGCACACCCUUGCUAAGAUUACUUUGCAGCAAAACACAGAAACCUAAUGUGAAAACAGCUGCUGUUAUAGUAAUUGGUGAUGAGAUAUUGAAUGGAGAGGUGUUGGACACAAACUCAAAUUAUGUAGCAAAGACCUUGCAUAAUUUGGGUGUGAAGCUUGAGAAGAUAUCAGUGAUCGGAGAUAACAUUGACGAGAUUGCCAAUGAGACUAAACUCUUCUCUGAGAGGUAUGAUUAUGUUAUCACAACUGGAGGAAUUGGGCCAACACAUGAUGAUGUAACUUUUACAGCCAUAGCCAAAGCGUUUAAUGAGGAAUUGCUGCCUCAUCCUACUCUAGUCAAAGUGUGCUCAAAAUUUUAUAACACCACUGAUUUGGAUGCUCCAGGAAUGAAGUUGUGCUUUAUACCAGCAUCAGCGAAGUUAAACUUCGGUGAUGUGAAGCCAGGAGAGAGAAAGGGAUAUCCGAAUGUGUCUAUAAAAAAUGUGUACAUAUUCCCUGGAAUACCUCAGCUACUAGAGAAAUCACUUGACAUGGUGGCUCCGAAGCUGUUCAGCAGCAACAACAAGUUUUAUAAGAACAAAGUGUACUUUAAUGUUACCGAGCAGGUUAUACUUGAUGUGCUUAAUCGGCUGGUUGAAGAAUUUCCAGAUGUCAUGUUUGGAUCAUACCCUGAACUGUUCAACAGCACUUACAAAGUGAAAAUCACCAUUGAAUCAACAAAUGAAGAGGCCACAACAAAAGCAACAAAGAAAUUGCUAGAAUCCGUUCCCAAAGAUUUCUUAGUUAAAUAAUAACAAUUGUUCAUUCAAUACAAAACAA